UCUUCAGCAAACUUUCUUCCAAGCAAGCGGAUCACACUACGAAGGCGAGAUGUGCACUUUAAUACAUAACGCGCAUCCCCAGGGCAAGAAGCGAGUUUGGGUGAGAGAGGGGCGGAGGAAGAGGAGGAGGAGAAGGAGGAUGAAGAAGUAGUAGAAGAAGAAAGAGAAGAGACAGGAGAAGCGACAGUGCUGUCGUCGUCGUUGUACUGUCGUCGUUGUCCGUGAAGAUAGUAGGGGGAAGGUAGUUGAGAGUUCGUAAGGUGGGAAAAAGUUGGAUAAAAGUUGAAGGAGAAGUAAAGAAGUAAGAGAGAGGAAGGAUAAACGAUGAAGGAAAGGGAAGGAGGCGCGUUAGCAGUGGCGGGUGGAGAAUCGAAAUGAAAGGAGGGAUAGAUUUGGUUGGAAGAGAGCGAGGAAGGAGAGAAGGGGUAGACGGAGACGGCGGUGUGCGUCGUCGUCGUUUCUGCUGCCACCACCUUCGUAGCUCGUAUAUUUGUGUUGGUGGUGGUGGUGGUGGUCUCGACGCCGGGAAAGUUUCGUCGAGGAGCGAGCGCGUGGAGCGAAGGAAAGAGAGCGAGAGGGAUGAAGGGAGAGUUUGGAUCGAGUCAGGAGAGCGCGGUAGCGAGAACGAAAGAGAGACGGAGAUAGAGGAACGCGGUGCGGAGGCAAGGUUUUCGUCUCCAGUUCCCGCUAAGCGGCCGACAGGAAUGGAACGAUCGGGCUUUCUACGGCUUGCAAUAUACACGUGGCUUAGCGUGGAGUAGCGUGCGGGACUCGCCACGCGGGACGCUUCUACACGCGCUACUAUGAGGCGACUCCUAAAGUAGUAGUUGGUGGAUGUGCUGGUGGUGGUGGUGGUGGUGGUGGUGGUGGUGGAGGUGGUAGUGGUCGCGGUGGUGAUGCCGAUGCUGGUGGUGGUAGAGUUUGUGUGACCGACCGAGCGCACGACGGCCGGUAAUAACGAGCGUCAAACGAGAAAGAGAGAAAAAGAGAGAGAGAGAGAGAGAGAGAGAGAGAGAGAAAGAGAAAGAGAGAAAAAGAGAGAGAGAGAGAGAGAGAGAGAAGCGAGCUUGGCCUGAGAUCGAAAAGGAGAAGGAGAAGAAGAAGGAGUAGGAGGUCGGUGGAAAUCCUUCGCGCACGAGUUUACGCGUGUCACCACCGCGAUGCACGAGUUCACGCGUGGCACUACGCGGUGGUCGCGCGCUCGCGUUCGACGAGCGCGUCGACUGCGACUCUUCUCCGCCUCCACCGCCACCUCCACCUCCACCUUCGAGCGCCUCCUACUCUCGCCGAUUCUCCUCUCUCUUUCUCGUGUUCUCUCUACCCCUAGUGAGAUAUUGAUUUCCCUUAGCUGACUCCCACGAGGGCAGGCGGCAGGCGACCAGGUACUGCUACCUCCGCGACUAGAUCGAAGAUCUUACGAGAUGAGAAAGAAAUCGUAUGCAUACAUCGUGCGUACGAUUAGUUUAUCGAGAUCAAUCGACGACUUUCUCUUUUUUCCUUUUUAUCCUUCUCGGUGUGUGUCAUAGACACGUCGACGUUUUCAACGACGUUUUCAUGUAACCACGUGUCGCUCGCGUGUACUACUACACUACUACUUCUAUUACUACCACUAUUUGACAUUUCAUACUCGUCUUUCUACCACGCGAUCGAAAGAUCAUAUCUCGAAGAUGGAUUUUAUAAUUUUGCCUAUCGAAUAUAAAUUCGGCUGGUGUUAUCAUUUCAAUUUUCAGGUUAAUCGAAAAACCACCGGCUCGCUUAUAUCGCGAUUGACGUAUCAGUUUUGUUGAAAAGUUUCAAUCAAAUGGAGGGAGAGCGUGCGAACUUUCUUUUUAUUUGGUAUCGACACGGUUUGCUUCGAAUCGAUCGAUCGACAAAUUAAUUCCGAUGGGUGAAUAUAUUCAUGUUUCGCGUCUUUUGUACCUACCCUUUUACGCAUUUUAUAUCCCGCGCCGAGAAUAAAUUGGACUCGCGAAUGUAACAUUUUAUUUUAUGUAUAUACGUAGAUACAUCGAAGAAUUAUUCGAUUUCCUUCGGAAGAGCAACAGCAUAUUCCUUCGAACUUUUGCCUUUCUCGAAUACGCGUGUAUACGUGUGUUCGCGCACAUAAAUAUCUAAGAACGGUCCGAAACCGUACGCAUCUUGAGAAAGUUUUGCGAAGUGCGCCACCAUGUUGGUUCCUGCGCGUUGCUCGUCGCCAAAGUCCUCGGCGACUUGAAACUUUUUUAUUUACCGCGUUCGUACUCGUUGGUACACACAGAGAAGCGGACAAAAGAGAAAGUGGGGGUAACCCCUUCUAUCCCCUCCUAUUUCUCUCUCUUUCUCUUUGGCUCUCGCUCUCUUCGGAAAGUCGAGAUAGCGUAUAGGUAUCUGUCAUCCCUACCACCACCGGUUUGCUACACGGACUCGUGCCGCCUGCCGCUUUCGAGCAAAGUUUUCGCGAGAUCCUGGAAACUGCGGGAGAUGCCACGGUUGUAGAGGGAGUACGCUCGAAGGAGGGUAGAAGGAAGGAACGUUUGCUGCCGUUCUCGAGUUAAUUAUUGGAAAUGCCGUUAUCUCGAAGUUAGAAAUUUUAAUGAUAAAUACCGAUGGAAUAGGAUAGUAUGAGAUCGUUUUCACUUCGACAACAUUGUUGGACCAUAAUGUUCAAAUCGAUCUUUUCAUUCAUUCGAAGGCCUUGUUCUAUUUCUAUAUCAAUUUUGUGAAAGACGAAUGUAUAUCAUAAAUAAGCUAAAAAGAAUAACAUAAUAAUCUAUUAUUGUGUCGUAAUGAGUACAUACUUCACGGUAGACUGAGUUAUAGAUUUGCUUGAUUGAAAGUGUACUUCUUACUUUCUGUAGAUUCUCGGUAUUGUACUGCAUGUGUAUUCUCGUCGAUGCUUCGUGUCAUUCUUUCGAAGCAAAAGGGAUAUUCCGUAUGAUCUCAAGAAUUAUAUAAAAAUCUAUAUUUCCCAUGAUGUUACAAGUUAUAUAAUUUUUCUAUUUAAUUUUAAACAGUGUAAAUGAAUGUCAAAGUGUUGAAAUCUGUAAUAUUUUGUUAUUUGAAGGAAGCUUGUAAUCAAUAUUUUCACUCUCAUAGAAUGAAAUUCAUUGUUUAUAACAAAUACUCUUUGUAACGAAUUUAAUGAUUUAAUAAAUGAAUUAUUGACUCGAUUUUAAGCGAAGCAAGGACGCAAUCGAAAUGAUUCGCUUCGAUUCGAUCUCAUCAAAAUGUUAUACAUUUCGAACGAGCGAGCUGUCUGAUUAAAAUCAACCACAUACACUCUGCGACAAGUCGAGUGCUUAGAGAUAAUUGCCACGUACUUCAUUCGUUGUACAUUCCAUAAUUACUCAGUCCACGAAUCUGUCGGUAAGGUCACGGUCGUAAUCUGGUCGCCCUCGUGUGAACGAAUACACACAUACACACACUAGUUUAGAGAAUGGACAUGCGCGUAGAACAAUAUGCACGUGCUAGGACGUAUGUGUUGUACGAUUGGCGCGUGCGUAAACACGAAGGAAGAGAGAAACUUUCGCGACUGUUCGAGGAUGGCGUCGAAGAAGACUAGAAAGAACCAUUCGAUACAACAUCUUCUCGAAUUGCCAUCCAGUAGAGAGACAAAACCAUCGCAAUUUUCAACGAAAGAACCAACUCGGUCAUUGCCGAUUUCUACUCCCCGCCAGGUGCCAAUCACCGUCUUGCAUCCCACACCGAAAAAGUUGUACUUGAGCAAAACACGACAGAGUGGACUUUUGGAAGAUCCACAACAAUCUAUCUCGCGAGCAGCUUGUUUAAAUCCACGCCAACAAGAGUCGUCCCUUGCAAGGCGGGACUAUCCCCGCCAAAUCAUGAACAAGGUGGACGAUCGUGUAAGAUCGCCAAAUACGUUACGAUGUGUGACAGCUACCACGUCGCUCUCUAUUUCGCCAUUAAGUCCUGAAGAACCUGUCACGCUGGUGGAACUGACCAGCGUCCCAGGCGGGCAGAAUGCGAUGGCACAUCUCAAAAAGCGGAAGCUGGAAGCAGAGUCGAUUAGUUCGAAUCUUAAACAACCGCAACAGCAACAGCAGCAGCAACAACAAUUGCAGCAACAGCCAUUACUGACAAACAAAAAGGGUUCUCAAACUAGCGUUCCGAAAGAAAUGGAGGUAACUGACGCGGCUGCUAAAAGAAGAAGAAAAAGUGUUCGUGAUGAUGAAAUACGCAAGUCAGUCGAUGCCGUUGAUCCAAAUAAAAAUAUAUCUUUACCCCAAAAGAAACGAGCUUUCGCUUCCGGAAAUUCGGGAAGUCCAGCUAGAAAAUCUAGUAAGCAUUGUGAGGAACCCGAAGACGAUGAAACUCUUAUAAGAGAAACGGAAGCAGCUUUAAAGAGUUUGUCUGGAAGUUGGCCUGGCCCGAGAGGAUCCUUAUAUCAGAGAGGAAAUUCGGAGGAAGACAGGUACGAGUCUAAUUUCGAAAAUCUUUUCGAAGAGAAGAAAGAAAAUCCAAAAUUAUCGCCUUCGUCAUUGUCUACCUCGUCAACGACCAGCACUGACGCUGGAUGUUCGUUAAAAGACGUGAUAACGUUUCGUGGUCAACAUGAUCGAAAUGGUAGAUCACAACAACCGAUGAAACAAGAACUUAUGAAGCAACAACAUCCUACAAAAGGCAAGAAAGAAUUUGACAAUUUGAUCAAAAUUGAAAACGAAUGCGCAAAUAUUCAAUGUCAAGUAAACAAUACGUGUCAAAAUGAAUCCGGUAAGAUCCGACCGGUGCCUGUACGAUCUUUAGCCGGUAAAGACAGGAGCGAAAGAAAUCUUGUGGGUACUCACGUCGAUCCCCAAGGUCGUCAAGUAGACAAUAAAUAUUCCAGAUACGAACCACCAGAUUUUAACGAAUUAGUUGACGAUUCGUCGAAUGAACUAGAAAUCGACAUGUCAGAUCCUACCCCUGAUAAAGAUGAUACCACGGGAGAUAGAACAAACGAUCGUGACAGAGAUAGGAUGUGUAAAAAUGCACAAUCCCCUUCCAUUAUUGGAAGACAACAACAAUCGCAUCAUCAUCAACACUACGUGGGAUAUCAAAGGCAAUACCAUGAAAAUAACAUGAAGAUCUCCCCUACAGCAACGUCCUCUAGUUCUCCAGUACCAACGAAUUCUCCAUUCUCAGCAACUUCUGCAUUCAGGCCUCCUAACAAUGAUCAUUCAAAAAAUACCUGUCGAAAUACACCAACGGUACCAGUUGGUGCAACUCCUAUACCACCUAUUGGUCCAUAUCCAGCUUCAGCUACAUUCGUAGGCUAUCCAGCACCAGGCCCUGGUCCAACAAUGCCCACUCCUCAACCUGUCCCUGGUUUAUCACCAACGGAGGACAAACACUCACCGACCGUUUCUUUGUUGCAAUUAAAGUCAUCGAAGGAGGAAUCGCAUCAUGUGUCGGUACACGAUCCUACAUCAAACACGGUACCGAGCAGUAAAAGUCCAACAGGCCUUCCCUCAGUGACAAGUCCAGAUUCGUCGAAACAAUAUACAAUUCUUCAACCCGCGGGAGUAGGUUCUAGAGCUGCCAGUGCUAUUCAAGAUAUUACUAGAGAAGGAGUAGUCAGUGUCGCUGCAGUUAGCAAUUGUAACACCGGAAGCAGCAGUACGAAUAACAGUAGUAAUAAUAAUAGCAACGGAACUAAUUGUAAUCGUAAUGUUACCAACAAGAAUACGAGUAACAACAAUGUGAAUAAUAAUAGUAACAAUAGUGGAACUAAUGGAAAUUCGAACAGUAAUGUAACCAGCAUUUCGAUCACUGCUGUUUCUACCAGUACCACCUCUAGUUCCACAACUACUGUUGAUGGUUCAUCUGGAAGUGGAACGGGACAACAAGAAAAUAUGAUGAAAAUGCCAGAAAGACCUAAUACAUUCGACGCUAGCAGACCAGGAAUGUCCAUGUCUCCGUCCAGUCUCAGUAGAGAAGGCAACAAGUGUCCAACCCCAGGUUGCACGGGGCAGGGUCACGUGACCGGACUCUAUUCCCAUCACCGCAGUCUUUCUGGUUGUCCACGAAAGGAUAAACUAACACCUGAAAUUCUAGCGAUGCAUGAGACUAUUUUGAAAUGCCCGACGCCUGGUUGCAACGGCCGUGGUCAUGUCAGCUCUAAUAGGAACACGCAUAGAAGCCUCUCCGGGUGUCCCAUAGCUGCGGCAAAUAAGCAGGCCGCACGCGAAGCACGACACAAGGCACAAGUGUCAGGAAUACCUCCAGAAUAUAUCAGCACAAAUCUACUGCCACCAUCAAUGGACAGCAAGUCCUAUUCGCAGUACUCGUCUGCGGGUCAAGAUACAAAGCCAGUGAUAAGUUCCUUGACUUACGACUAUUAUGCUUCGACGAAAAGCACAGGGAUAAAUGUGAAGCCUCCGAAAACGUCAGAGGAAAGUCCACCUUCUCGCCCAAGCAAGAUAGUUCCUAAGACCGAGAACAUGACUGCCAGUAGUAGUUGCUGCAAUCCUUUACCAAGUAGAGGUCAAAAUACAUCGGACCUGUUGGUACCUAAAACGGAAGAUACUGUAUCAUGCCGUGUGAAUUCGCCACCACCUCCUCCACCACCAACAGUUCGACCUACAUAUGACUCUUAUAUGAAUCAAGACUCAAAUUCCUCUUCAUUGUCAUCAAUGGAUGCAAUGGGCUCAAGGGGUACUAUAGGAGGAAGUAUACAUCAUCCUAAUCAACAUCCAACACAUCAUGUUUUGCCAAUGCAACCGACCGUCGCUUAUCCCAUGCCAAUGGUCGAAGAUACGAGAAUGAGCCAUCAAAUGUCACAAAGAUCACCAUACGAGUCUUCAGCAAUGAUGGCCGCUGCUGCUGCCGCAGCAGCAGCUGCCACUACUAGUGAAGAACUUUAUCAUCACAGAUCUGCCGAACAUGCAAGAGCAUAUAUACAUCCAGGAGCAACCAAUAUCGCACGACCUGUAGUUACUUAUUCGAAUGAGAUCGCCGCUGCGAGAGGUUACGAAAAUGCAAUAGCCAACGCUGCUAAUCAUCGACCGUACGAUCCAGGUACUACGUCAGCAUACGAAAGAUAUGAUGCACAAACUUGUGCCCCAAUUCAAGCUCAACAGCAGCAGCAACAACAACAACAGCAACAGCAGCAACAACAACAACAACAGCAACAACAACAGCAGCUGCAUUCAAGAUCGAAUAUGUAUUAUUUGGGGCAGACCGGCAUGACGCCUGAGGAACAGGAACGCGUUUAUCAUCAGGAAGCUGCAGCCGCCGCACAACAACAUCAAAUGGUUAUGGCUGCAGCUACGGCAGCAGGCAUGAUGAAAACAGAGGAUGUAAAAUGCGUGACAGUAGCACAAGUUCAACAAAUGCAAAAGCCGGGUGGUCCGCCAACUUCUCCAGGUGGUUCAGUGAUGGAUCUAUCCACGUCAAGUGUUACUUCGACCAGUCCACAGGCUCCUCCUUAUGGAUCGAGCAGCCUCAGUCCGCAAUAUGGAGGAGGUCAAACUGUCGGAGGUAGCCCGCAAGCUGCUGCGAGUCCUCACUUGACUGCCAGUCCUCAAGUCCCUAGUCCUCAAGGCCAAACAUUGGACCUUAGCGUGAAUAGACUCCAUAGUGGUGCACCAAGUCCUCAAUACUCCACGGGUCAUGGAGAAGCCGUAGCGGUUCCAGUAGGUCCAGGCUUUCCGGCACCACGACCAAUCGAGGAACAAACCGAACCUGUGGAUUUCUCUACGGCGAACGAACCAGUCAACUUCAGUGGGGGUCCAGGAAUCAGGCCUGUCCCAGGAUUCCCACCACCCGGUGUGCACGUUGCUGCAUAUAGUCGUGAAAGCACUCCCGACAGUGGAGGUUCCCACUAUAUGGACGCUUACCGAGAUCCUACUGGAUAUGGACCUAUGAGCCCACAUCCAGGUUACGGUAUGGCUGGUGUACAGCCAGAAUAUCCUGGAAACACUUAUACUCCCUACCCCACCGCUGGUUACAAUUGUGGUGGAACUUAUCCUGCAGGUCCAGUAACUUCCGGAUACCAAAUUCCAGCAGGUUAUACCCCAGCACCGUGUUACAGUAUGCCGCCGCCACAACAUACCGUCGGACCUCUCGAUAAACCAUCUGGUAAAGAUGACAGUAUGAAUAUAAGGAGGCACACGUUGAAUUUUGCACCUCGGCCCGCCCCUCGUGGCCGCGACGGCAAGGAGCUGAUACAGUGCCCCACGUCGUCCUGUGAUGGCAUGGGUCAUGUCUCGGGGAACUACGCUACCCACAGAAGCCUCUCUGGUUGUCCGCGAGCCGAUCGUUCUCAAAUUCAAGCGCACUCUCAAGAGUUAAAAUGCCCCACGCCAGGAUGUGACGGAUCUGGACACGUCACAGGAAACUAUUCGUCUCACAGAAGUUUGUCUGGUUGUCCACGAGCUAAUAAACCGAAAAGCAAACCUAGGGAUGGACAGGAUUCUGAACCAUUGAGUGCGUCCGGAUGUCCGAUUGCAAAUAGAAACAAAAUGCGUGUGUUGGAGUCUGGUGGAACAGUCGAACAACACAAAGCAGCAAUUGCAGCGACGACAGCGAUGAAAUUUGAAGGUGUCAAUUGUCCUACUCCCGGCUGCGAUGGUAUCGGUCACAUAAAUGGCUCUUUCUCCACGCAUAGAUCUCUCUCUGGUUGUCCUAUAGCCGGACAUGCUGUCAAGAAGCCGAAGUUCGAGGAUAUGUCCAGCAUGUACAGCAAAGGAAUCCCCGGGGUGGACGCCGGUGGUCCGGCUCACGGGGGUGCGGUGGGCGCGGGUCAGGGUAACACGAGCGGUGGUGGGUCCACGAGUGCCCAGGGCGAGGACCUCUAUACACUGGAGGCUGAAAUCACAGAACUCCAAAGGGAGAACGCUCGAGUUGAGUCGCAAGUACUGCGCCUGCGUUCCGACAUCACCGCCAUGGAGAAUCAAUUGAAGCAGGGCGAGAAGGAAACAACGGCGAUAGCUACACGAAACAAUAACCUGACGGAGUACUAUCAGUCGUUACGCGAUAACAUGAUAACGUUGCUGGAACACGUACGAAUACCCAACGCCCCAGGUGGACCACAAGAGAAAAUGGGCCAUGAGAAUUUUGAUAGUUAUUUGACAAAACUGCAAACUCUGUGCACCGCCGACGGCUAUUGUGCCGACGAAACCAAUCGACCGAUCUACGAAACAGUGAAAACUGCUCUACAAGAUUUCACGGUCCUGCCGACACCCAUCUGAGACCAUCCCUAAAGUUCAACGAUCGAGUACAGUGUCGCUCGAACGUCUUUGAUAAAGUGAUUAACGAUAAUGCUCAAUCAAUUUUACCCAUCUACAGGUAAAAUUCGUGUACACUAUAAAGAGGAACUUCGCAUUAUCGACCAACCUGGGAAUUAUCUUAAAAUUAAUUAAAGGGUCAAAAAAUUCUUUCUCUUACACAUAAUGAUUCGAGUCAGGUAAACAAAUUCGUUCAAAAUCGUUCGAGAAUAUUUGAAAGAAUAAUAAACAAUUUCAUUAAACAUCUCGAUCGUAUUCAAUGAAACAUGUCAGGUGUCAAAACAAAUUGAUUAUAAAGACUAAGGAUGUCUAAUUUCGCAUACAGCGAUAUCUUUUGUACAUACGAAAAUUAGUGUCGCGUAAUUCUUAAAAUCAUCGAUGAUAAUUACUUUAGCACUUUGUAAAUACACGAAAGAAAAAACAUUUAUAUUAUUCAAUAUGUUGUGGUUACCUCUUUAAGGCAUGUAAAAAAGGGACUAGCUUAGAUGUAUAUCAGAUCUCAUUAAUAUUACUAUUGUAUAACUGUUAUUACAUAAUUAAUUAGCAUUAAAAUUAUCACAGGAGCCAAUAUAUACAAGAUGCCGCUAACGCUGCUUCAGAUAAGUCAAAGACUACUUAUAAAUGAUUAUUAUUGGCGACUAACUUAUUGCUAAUUAAUAUUAUUAAUAUUAUAGUCAUCGUUAUUACCACCAAAAACAUUUCUAGUGCUACUCCAAUCGUCAUUAUUGCAACUACUACUCUUGCUACUGUCGAUAGUAUAUCACUACGAAUAUACCAAAAAAUACAUUUAUAAUGUCUACGACUUUACGAGAGGAGGAAUUGCAAAAGAGAAAAUUCAUGUCCAUAUGCUGUACAUAAUUACAGAGUAAUACGGUUAUUAUAAGGACGUUCUUCAAGAAUCGCUAAAGCGAGAAAGAUACGAACAACGACAAGUUGAGAAGAAUGUGAGAUCUGUUAUGGUCCAUACGUAGCCAACGUGAUUAGACGGAUGUCAAUCUUAAACAAGGUGUAUUAUCGAAUUUAUAAAAUAUAUGAGCGAUUCAAAAAUACACAAGGUUCUAAAAACGCCGAUCGGCCAUCGAUUGCAUUAGAUUAAAAUGUGAUUUGAUCCAACUAGAUCGUUCAUACGUGCAAUAAUUUUAGGAUGCAUCGCAUUCGAAUUUUCUCCAUAAAAAUCAACUGUGUACCAUCGCGGUGAUAUACAUAUAUAUUGGCAUAGAUUGUUAAUGUUCGGUUAAUUUGUUCACGUUCUUCUUUGUUAUUAUACAUUCAUGUUCGUUUUAUUGCUAAAAACGCAAAGAGCAUCUGUAAAUAUUGAGAAUUCACGAGCAACGGUAGGUGACAAAAUCUUCGAUCCCUCCUUUGACAUCAGCUACAAAUAUAAAAAGUUUCAAAGUUCGAAUUCUUAACCAUUUGUCGAUAGUAUAUCGAAGAUGCGAAUAAACAUCGGAAGAAUAUAUUUAAACUAAAGGAUAUUUAAAAAGAGGAUAAGAACAAAUGAAAAUAGAUAUGUGAGCAAAAAUUUGUUGGUUUUUCGUUAUCGUUAAUAUUAUAAUUUUAUCAUCAUAGUCUACCUGCUUUUAGCUCACCGUAAAAAGAAAUGGAAAAGUAUAAAAACAAAUAAUUAGAAAAAAAUCCUCCUAUGAAAAUUGUUACCUACGGUUACCCCUCGUCUUUGCGUUGUCAGAAUAUAACGAUUUUAUGAUUGUACCUAUAAUAAUUAUUAUUAUUAUUAACUCUUUGUCAUUGUCAUUAAGAUUAUCAUCUCAUUAUUACUGUCGUUACGUUCUCUUCAUUAUUACGAUUACUAUUGUUGCCGUUGAUGAAGUUCUACUGAUAUAUUAGUUCAAUAACAUGCUUUAAGUAAGUAUAAAUGUUACUCCGAUUGAAUAAAGGGUAUUUAUCGAUGAAUUAUCUGCGUAUGCAUUCACGAUUCUAUUUUGGAGAUAGCGAGCGAUACUUAUUCGUUAUAAACUACAUGAAUAUAGGUUGAUUGUACUUUCUAUUAUCAAAUAUCAAAAUGUUCUUGAUGGUAAAAAUUAAUAUAAAUCAGGAUGCGAUGCAAAUAAGGGUAAUCGAAAUACCAACAACCGUAUAUAUAAAAGUUUACUCUUUUUAUUUAUAUUUCCGUUAUAAAAAAGACUUUAUCUUACAGAGAUGAUGAAGUGAUACUCAACACACGUGAUGUUUUUACAACUGUCACAAAUAAUAAGCGUGCGAAUAAUUUUUACUUAUCUGCUUCCAAUAAUGGGAUCAAAAAGAUCUAAAAUCGCAUAAAAGAUAUUAAAAAACGUUUCAUCAUUCAAACGAAUAGGAACAUUAUUACUAGAUUUAUAAAUCGUCUUCUUAACGCAAAACUGAAAAGUCAAAUUUUAAGAUUCGUUACCAUAGACAAAUAUACAAUAUUUGAAAGUACAUAAAACCGAGUAUGUUGUGAAUGUGAUCAGUAUCAAAAAGUUUAUAAAAUUAUUCGCGCUGCAGUCUAUUAUUUCUUUUCAAUUAAAAUAAUGGAUAUAAGCAGCAUCGUUAAUCAACGUUCUUCAUUCUUAGGAACAAAGCAACAUGGAUCUUCGAAGGAAAUGAAAUAAUUUAUAAUUACUGGUCUCACACACAUAUGCAUAAAUUUCGAGUUAAGAGAGACGACCAUGACGUUUCAUUUCCU